AUGGCCGAACUCGAUCAGCCCGCGACGGCCAUCUCCAAGCAUGACGUCGGCUGGAGACGAGUCGUUCGAAACUUCACUCCAUCAUGGUUCUCCGUCAACAUGGGUACAGGCAUAGCAUCCGUCCUGCUCAACACCCUCCCCUAUAAUGGAUCAUGGCUCUAUUACCUCUCUGUAAUUGUCUUCGUCCUCAACGUCUUUCUGUUCGUUGUGUUUUGUAUAAUUACCGCUGUGCGAUAUUCGCUAUAUCCCAGGAUCUUCCCAGCCAUGAUCCGUCACCCUGUGCAGUCAAUGUUUCUAGGCACAUUCCCCAUAGGGUUCGCGUCAAUCAUUAAUAUGGUUGUCCUGGUUUGUGUACCGGCUUGGGGAGGCGAGUGGACGGUGCGGUUUGCAUGGGGAUUGUGGAUUUUUGAUGCCAUUGUCUCGGUCGUUGUCGCGAUGUCAUUGCCUGCUCUUUUAAUGAUGCACAUGCAAGAACUAGACCUCUCCUCAAUGACAGCCGUCUGGCUCUUACCAAUUGUCAGCCCCAUCGUGUGCUCUGCCUCGGGCGCCGUUGUGGCCGAUGUCCUGGUCGAGAUUUCCUUAGAACACGCUCUCUGGACGGUCAUCGUGAGCUAUGUGCUGUGGGGCAUUGGUAUGCCCAUGGCGUUGAUGAUGAUGACCAUUUAUCUGCAGCGGUUGACGCUACACAAGUUGCCGCCCAGGGCGGUUAUUGUGAGUGUGUUUUUGCCCUUGGGGCCGUUGGGACAGGGUGGUUAUGCAAUCCAAAAACUCGGCCUCCUUAUGCCAACUGUGUUAACGAAAACGCAUAAUGGUACCCUCCCCGGUGUUGCAGGCGACAUCUUCUCUACACUCGGAUUUAUGAUUGCAUUGAUUCUCUGGGGUUUUGGGCUGAGCUGGCUCUUCUUUGCACUUACAUCUAUCGCGUAUACACGCAACUUUCCCUUUAAUAUCGGAUGGUGGGGGUUUACGUUUCCUCUAGGCGUGUUUGCCCUGAGUACGUGCCAGAUCGGACGGGAGUUGGGGUCGAAGUUUUUCCUUGUUCUGGGGACGAUAUUUUCCGUUGCUGUUGUUCUGCUUUGGAUUCUGGUUCUGGUGCGUACAGUGGUGGGUGUUGUGGAGGGCAAGGUGUUUUAUGCGCCUUGUUUGGCUGAGUUGGAGGUUCCGAGCAGAAGGGAGCAUGCAUCCAGUAUAGCCUUAACAGCUGUACGAUAA